AUGGGCGCGGCGACGCCGCCGCUGGAGAUCUCCAUGGACACGGGUGCGCAGAAGCACCCGCACAAGAUCGAGGCGCUGCUCUGCUGGGCCGAGGCGCUGUGGCAGGAGCUCAAGGUGCCGGCCAAGGACCAGAAGCUGUUCCUGGGCAGCCUCGGGCUGCCCGAGCGGUCGCUGACGGCGAUCAUGGCCGCGCGGCGCGUCGAGGUCCACGUCGACGGCGCGGGCCGCCCCGCGUCCGCGGGCCGGCGGCGGCAGAUCGCGCGGCAGAACGCGGCGCUCGCCGGGACGACGCCGACGCGGCGGCCGAAGAGCGCGCCGGCUCGGGGCCGGUCGCCGUCGCCGGCCCUCGGGACGCCCGCGCGGCGCGCGCCGACGCUCCUCGACCGCGCGCGCGUCGGCUCGCCGCCUCCCGCGUCGGGGACCAAAAAGAAGUCGUCCCAGAAGAAGAAGCAGAAGCCGUCGGCGAGCCGGAGCCGCACGCCGCCGCCGGACGCGACGCUCGGCGGCCACAUCUGGAACCACAACGACGCGGAGCGCGGGCCGCCGGACGCGCGGUGCGGCCCUUUGGCGGCGCACGUGCAGCUCCUGGUCCGGUUCCGCGCGGCGACGCUCCGGGUGCUGCGCGAGGUGCGGCGCCGCGAGGAGCAGGUCCGCGAGAUCAAGGCGUGCUACCGGCGCCUCGUCACCUUGGGGAGCGCCGCGCCGGGGCGCGGCGGCCUCUCCGCGCCCGAGGACGAGGACGACUCUCUCGUCGACGACCCGUCGUCGGCGGCGGCCCUGGUCUUCGAGGAGCUCAGGGGCGCCCUCGCCGCCGUGAACGUGAGCACGGCGCGCGUCGUCGGCGCCGUCGCCGCCUGGCGCUGCUACCAGUGGCGGCCGGGCGCGUUCCUCUGGAAGGGCGCGUGCUACCUGACCAAGUGCACGACGGACCUCCGGUUCCUCGAGGGCGCGACGUCCGGCCGGGGCGCGCUGCGGGCCGCCCUGGGCACCGUCAUGCAGCCCUGGAAGCGCGGCGCGGAGACGAACCUGGUCUGGUUCGGGAGCCCGCCGCCGGGGAGCCGCGACGCGCGCGCGCGGCGGAAGCGCGACGAGGCCGCGGGCCGCGACGUGCUCCAGCGGUGGAUCAGGGCGACGCUGGACCUCGGCGGCGACGGCGGCGACCGCGCCGCCGCCGGCGACGCCGCGGCGUCCACCGUCUGGAGCUUCUUCUCCCAGCCGAAGGCCUUCGCGGCCGCGGUCGACGCGACGGGCGACGCGGAUUUCGGAGAGGCGCGGCGGUCGCUCCUCGAGGAGCCCGCGCUUCAAUUGGUCGUCUCCCGGGAGCAGGUGCGUCUCGGGCGGGGGCUGGUGGACCUGCCCAUGCUGCGCUGGCUGCCGCGGCUCGCCGACGCGCCGGUGGUGUUGGCCGCGUGCGGCGUCUACCACGGCGCGGGCCUCCACAAGGGGCCCGCGGCGCUCGAGGCCGCGGAGCGGACGCUCCGCGUGACGGCGUCGGGCACGACGGCGGACCGGCUCCGCGGCGUCGUGCGGAGCCACCGCCGCGAGGAGCAGCUGCUCGAGGGCCCGGAGCCGCCGCCGGACGCCGCGUCGCCGGAGAAAUCCCCCGGAUCGCCCGCGAAGAAAAAAAAGUCCGCGCUCGCGACGGCCGGCGCGGCCGUGCGCGCGGGGAUCACGGCCAAGCACAUGGCGGCCAAGGCGACGCAGAAAAUCGACGACCAGUCGCACGCCGUCGCCGCGCGGCGGCUCCAGCGGUCCUUCCGCCUCAAGAAGCAGGGGCCCGGCGACGCCGCCGAGACGGGCGUCCUCGCGGGCAUCCGCGCGUCGCACCACCGCUCCAAGGACCGCGCGGCGAAGCAGCGCGCGCGGCGGCGCCACGGCGCCCUGACGCGGAACGUGACGGGCCUGCUGGCGCAGGAGCUGCCCGACGACGCGCAGCUCGUGUCCAACGUCCUCGCGUCGAAGACGACGCGGCAACACCAGCCGCUCGUGGACCUGAGCCACAGCUUCAAGUUGGCCGACGUGCCCUGCCACUACGAGGCGACGCCCCACGGCCUCAUGCUGCGCGACGCGCUGCCGCCCGUGCCGUCCGUCGACGGCGACGGCAUCGGGCCGACGGCCGCGCGCGCGCGCGCGGCCGCGCGCGCGCGCCACUGGGACGGCAAGAAGCUCAGCGGCGUCUACGCCAUCAAGGUCGCGGCGCCCUGCGCGCCCGUGGCCGAGGAGGCGGCCGACGGGCCGGUGACGCCCGUGCCCAUGAGCCCGCCGCCGCGGCCCGAGGACGAGCCCCGGUCGGCCGUCGCCGCGCGGACGACGCUGUCGACCGUGCGCUGGAACCGGGCCGACGGCUACCAGAUCGUCGACGAGGCGUCGGGCAAGCCCACGGGCGAGCCGCCGGGCGCGAAGCUCCUGUGGUGCCUCCGCGUGGGCCAGCGCCUCGCGCUGAUGCGGGGCCGCAUGCCCCACGACGUCGUCUGGGCCAUGGCGACCGUCGUGAGCCUCGACCGCAUCACGGGCUACUACCACCUCUACACGGACAACGGCGCGGGCUUGAAAUUUGACCCGUCGGGCCAGCGGCGGCGGCGCCUGGGCUUCGCGCUCCUCGACCCGUCGCAGGUCCGGCGGCGGCAGGCCUUCGGCGGGCUGCCGGCGCUGCCGGGGUCCCUGACCUACGACCGCCACGCGACGGGCGGCUCGAUGCGGCCCAUCGUCCUCGACGAGGCGCUCGCCGACGGCGACGCGCUCGUCGACUUUCUGGGCUUCGCCGUCGACGAGGAGAACGUCGUCGUCCGCGUCGACGCGGGCUCCAGGGCGGAGAAGCUCGGCGUCAUGCACGGCUGGGUCGUGACGCGUCUCGGCGGGUCGACGGCCAAGGGCCGCGCGAACCUGGGCGCGGCCGUGAAGCGCCUCUUCUACGACGACCACGUCCGCCACGUCGACGUCGACUUCGAAGUCCUCGUCCACGAGCUCUGCCGGCCGGGCGUGCGCUACGAGAGCGGCCAGCGGCUCAGCGUGUUGUACCGCACGCGCUGGCACGACGCCAUCGUCCUGCGGCCCCAGCCGCAGCGCACGAACGACGAGGCCGUGCUCGUGUCCGACGCGACGCGGACGCGGCUCCGCGUCUUCCUCGGCGACGACAAUUCCGCCGUGGAGACGGCGACGAUGAACCUCAACAAGGCGAACCACGGCUACCACUUCAUGGACGCGUCGGACUACGUCGAGCAGCUCAAGGUGUGGCGCGCGGAGCGCAACGAGUGGGGCGACAUGUUCGAGGCCGUGCGCCGGCGCUGCGCGCAGCGGGCCCACGCGACGCUGGAGCGGUCUGUCUCCUACCACGGCCUCGUCGCGGGCAUCGGCGCGGCGCCGCCGGCCUGGGCGCGCACCGGCGACGGCGCGGCACAAAGCGCGGACCGGCCGGCGGCGCCGCGCGACCCCGUCGUCGAGACGCCGCGCGUCUACACGUGGCAGGACAACGGCGCCGCCGACAUCGCCCAGCGGUGCCGCGCGCCGGACGGGUCCCUGUGGCGCGACGUCCACGACCUCCGCGUGCUCACGCAGGCGCUCCUCUACCGGUGCCCGGACCGCGCGCGCGGCGCGGUGCGGCCCGCGCGCCUGCUGCUCGUCGAGGGCCCCAAGGAGGACCAAAGAUUGCUGCUCAUGCAGCGCCGCGAGUCGCGGCGCAAGCUCGCCGAGGAGCAGGGGCGGCGGCGGUCCCUGUCCGAGGCGUCGCAGGAGGCGCCCGCGCCGCCGUCGCGCGACGCGACGCCCGCGGCCGAGGACCGCAAGUCGCGCGUCAACGCGCUCUUCGAGGCCAUCCCCAUCGCGACCUUUGGGGAGCAAUCCAAAAAACUCGCCACGGACGCCGCCGUGCGCGCCGCGGCGUCGAAGAUCGGCAACGCGUGGAUCCGCAAGUCGAUGGCGCACUACGCGGACGUCCGCACGGCCAAGGGCCAGCUCCGCGUGCUCCUGCUCUCCCUGAGCGCGACGCAGCAGUACGGCCACGAGACGACGCACCUCGUGCCCUACCUCAUCAAGGCGUCGACGCUGAACCGCAUCGCGGCGCACGUCGCCGCGGGCCACCACCACCCGACCGACGGGCCGUCCGUCAUCGAGCACUACCUCGAGGCGGCCUACGGCCGCAACCAGCAGCCCCGCUACCGCAUGCUCAUGCAGGCCCUCUACGGCGGGCGGCUCCUCCUGCUCAUCGACGCGUCGCGCGGCGCCGCGCCGCCGGGCCAGCAGAAGAAGCUCGCGGAGCGCCGGGGCAAGGACGGCGCGCCGCGGACCGAGGACCUGACGAAGAACGUCAUCGAGGACUAUCUCCUCGAGCGCGUCAUCCUCGAGGUGCCGCGCAUCGUCGUCACGGGCGACUUCAGCCCCAAGGAGGAGGCGCGGCUCCGGGAGCGCUUCGUCACCAUCCAGGUGCGCCAGGGCCUCAAGCAGGACCACGACGACGGCAUCGACGCCUGGCUCCAGGCCCAGAACGACCGCUUCUCCAUCCCGCCCAACGACGCUAAGAAGAACCCGUCCUCGACGCCGACGUCCGGGUCGUCGUAG